UAUACCCGGACAUCAACUUCCUCACGUUCCUCGCCUCGGCGGCAACGGAACGCUGUCAUCGCCGGAGCGUUGGCUUGGUGAGACAGCGAGGUAUCCAUCCCUUCGCCGGACCGGAGAUGGAACGGAGAUGCCGGGCUGGGGCUCAGCGACGCGGAUGGCCGUGUGGGAAGCCGGAAGAAUCCCUUCUAUUCUCUUCUUCCCCCAUUCGGGAUUGUCUUCCGUUCUUUACGACGACAAGGUCUUGUUUUUGUUUAAAACGAGAAGCGCUUCAAGGAAUUUUGGUUGUGGUUGCAGCCAUUCUAGACUGCAGAUAAGAUGUGCCACCAGCAGUCUCAGGUUUGUUUGACUGCCGAUGAACAAGUUGCAGGUGAAGAAAGUCUUUCAGUUUAUUGCAAACCGGUUGAAUUCUACAAUAUUCUUCAAAAAAGAGCCUCCAAAAAUCCAUCAUUUCUUCAGAGAUGCUUGCAAUACAAGAUACGGGCAAAGCACCAACGGAGGAUUCGGAUCACGGUAUCACUUUCUAGGGCCAAAAAUGUGGUGGUACAUUCAAAAGAUGUGUUUCCGCUCCAUGUCUUGUUGGGAAGACCUUUUGCUGACGUUACUGUUACACAGACAUAUGCAAUAUACCAAAUCAGUCAAACUGGCGUGGUUACUUCUUUCAGUGAAUUUGGAAAGAAAGAUCAAGUGGAAGCAACAUUUGUUAUACCUGAGAUCAAGAAACUAGCAACCGACACCAGAAUUCGAAUUCUGAACAUCAUCCUUGUCAGAAAUGCUGAACUUGCAGGAAAUUGCCUUUGGGGCAAAAUACCGAUUGAUUCAUUUUGUUCAUCAUCGGAAAAUUGUGCGGCCUUGAGUGUGGGGCAUCAAACUGAGAUGCUUUCAACUGUUAAUUUGCACCCUGGCGUUUCGGAGCCUUCUUUUUUGGAGAACUGUUUGACUCUACAUUCUCGAUGCAUGGAUUCUAUGUGCUCAUAUCAAGUGCAAGUGAGUGUACGUGCUCAAGAGAUUGGAGCAAAAGAAAAGUCUCCUUAUAAUUCUUACUCAUAUGAUGAUGUUCCAACAUCAUCACUGACACAUAUUAAACGAUUGAGAAGUGGUAACGUUGUAUUUAACUAUGGAUACUAUAACAAUAGACUGCGGAAGACUGAAGUUACUGAGGACUUCUCCUGUCCAUUUUGUUUGGUCAAAUGUGCAAGCUUUAAGGGUUUAAAAUGUCACUUGACUGCCUCUCAUGACCUAUUCCAUUUUGAGUUUGAGGAAAGUGAGGAGUAUCAAGCUGUGAAUGUUUCUGUGAGGACUGAUAUUCAGAUAUUUGAGGUUGAUCCAAAGUUGGAUUCAUUUUUCUACUGCUCAAAAUUUAGGAGGCAUAGAAGAGCAAAAAAGAUUUUUCAGGCUGUAAGUCAUGUACGUUCACAUGUUUUGGAGUCAGACUUACCUGAAGCAGCACAAGAAGGUUUUCAUGACAAUUAUCCAUGGGAGAAUGGCACGCAUUCCUCUUGCAGGCCCAUUUCAUAUCCAACAGAUGCUUCAUUUGUGAAUAAACAUAAUGAUAAUGGCUUUUAUAAAGAGGAAAAGCUUCAAAAGUCAUUGUUCAAUGAGACUCAGUUGCUGUCUGCAAAGCAUAAGGCAGAAAGCUUUGGUUUAGAGAAUCGUCAUGCAGCAGAUUGCAUAGAACCUGUCUCAUCUAGCCCUGAUACCACAGUUGUUUGUGCUACUACAGCUCAAGCUUCUACCGGUAAUGAUUGUGCUCAGCCUGUAUCUGAAAGCAGUCUAGCACCUGUGAAUGCACUGCAAUACCCGAAGACUCAGAAGCCGUGUGUUAAACGAGCUAAUCGCAGAAACUGUUCACUGCUACAAAAGCGCCAGUUCUUUCACUCUCAUGGAUAUCAGCCAAUGGCAUUGGAAGAAGUACUAUCAGAUCAGGACGGUGAAGAUGAAAUGGAUAAUGACGUUGCUGAUAUUGAAGACAGAAUGAUGUUUGAUGAGUUUGUUAAGAUGACAAAAGAUGAGAAGCAAAUUAUGCACCUCUGGAAUUCAUUUGUGAGGAGACAAAGGGUGGUAGCAGAUGGUCACAUUCCAUGGGCAUGUGAGGCAUUCUCCCGGCUUCAUGGGCAGGACCUUGUGCGAGAUCCUGGUUUGCUAUGGUGUUGGAGGUUAUUAAUGAUUAAACUUUGGAAUCAUGCUCUCUUGGAUGCACAAACCAUGAACAAUUGCAAUUUAAUUCUUGAAGGAUUUCAGAAUAAGAACCCGGAUCCUAAGCAAAGCUGAGGAACUGUAUGAUUUGCUGAUUAGGGUGGUCAUUUCUGCAACUGAAGCCACCUUAUUUGCUAUUUCCAUGCCCCUUUCAUUUCUUUGGAAUAUUGUCUUUUUACCAAAUUAUAAAUGUAAGCUAUUGGGUUCUCUCUUUUUUUUGGUACAAUUAGAGGGGGAGAGACUCCAAAACUAAAUUCUGAAAAGAUACACCCUGCUUCUUCAGCAGACACCAGCCUAUACAACUUCCAAAGAAGACAUCCAGUCUCAAGAAACUCCAUAGCCCGAGAAAAGGAUGAGAUGGAAUUUUCUUUUGCAUGGGAUGUACUGCAAUUUAUCAUGUCUUCUUACAUGAAUGUUGAUGACUUUGGAAAACUAAUUUUGAAGCAAGAUAGUCAUUCAUUUUAUAUCAAGUGAUUUAAUUUCUCUGUCUA